AUGCUCAUUUAUACAUGUUUAAUUAUUUAUGCAGAAGCCUUUAUUAUCAAGGAUUCCAUAAACGGAAAUCACACUAAUCUCCCCCUUAAUAUCUCAAAUAACAUUAACAAUGUUAAUAUAGUCGAGGGAAAUAUUGAGGAUAAAUUGGAUAAAUUAGGGGAAUGUGUAGAGGAGGGAGGAGUUUUGAAGAGUGUAAAGUAUGGAGAUAAUAUCGAUGUUUAUCCCCUGGAAAAUACAAAAUUAAGCUCAAAAGUCCCAAAAUUACCUCCAGGAGAAUUUAAGCCUAGAAAGAGUUUGGGUCAGAAUUUUAUAACUGAUUUGAAUUUAAUGAAUAAGAUGUGUGACUCUUUGCAACACUAUUCUGAGGACCCUGGCGAUGGUAGCCAAGUCAUUGAAUUAGGCUGCGGAAUCGGAUCACUAACGCAAAUUCUCUACAAAAAAUAUAAAAAUAUGACAGGUAUAGAAAUAGAUUCAAGAGCUGUUAGUCAGUUGAGUCGUACAUUACCAAGUCUCAACAUCAUCAACAACGAUGUUCUACAGAUGGACUAUAAGGAGUUGAGUAAUAGAGUGGGUAGAAAGCUGUGGAUAAUUGGGAAUUUGCCGUAUUACAUAACAAGUCAGAUAUUAAUGUGUUUGCUGGAUUAUCGAAAGUAUAUUGACAGGGCUGUGAUAACUGCACAGCUGGAGGUAGCGGAAAGAUUAGUAGCGCCUGUCGGUUCAAAACACUACUCAAUGCUCUCAGUAUUGAUACAAAUGUUCACUAGGCCGAAAAUACUCUUCAAACUCUCAAAUCACGUCUUCUACCCCAAACCCAAAGUACAAUCGGCAUGCAUUAAGCUGGAGUUCACAAAUACUAAUACAGUCAACGUUAGGGAUACUGGUGAUAAUACUACAGUAGGGGAUGACCCGGGGAUUAGAGUGAGUAAUAUGAUGUUGUUGAGGGAAAUAUUGAGAGUAUCGUUUAAUAAAAAGAGGAAAAAGUUGAGGAGCAGUUUGGGAAGUUUGUUGAGUAAAUAUAACGUAAAAUUGCCUGAAAAUGUGCUGGAACUGAGACCUCAAAAUUUAACACCUGAAAACUUCAUAACACUCACAAAUCAUAUACACAAACACAUUCACACAGAAGUCGUAAAUAAAGGGGAGAAUUCUGGAAAUUUGGGUAAAGGGGAGAAUUCUGGAAAUUUGGGUAAAGGGGAGAAUUCUGGAAAUUUGGGUAAAGGGGAGAAUUCUGGAAAUUUGGGUAAAGGGGAGAAUGCUGAGAAUUUGAAAAUUUUGGAAAAGGUGUUAAAUUCUCCAAUAAUUGGUAAAAAUAACAAUAACAAUUUUGUGAAUGAAAAUUUUGAGAGAAUAUGGCGAAAAAGUAAACACGGACCGAAAUUAUUAAUUUCUGACAUGAUCUGA